UUGUUAUUAGACUUUGGAAAGACUGACUGGCUUUAGUGUUCAGAAAAAAAUGACUCCCCAAGUCCCUUCAUGUUUUUGGUAUAGUUGUUAAAGUUAGAUUCACUUAAGGUUAGUGCUAUGUGGGAUCCUUGGGACAUUCAAAGGCCAAAGUUGAAUAUGAAGCCACUGUCUGUCAACAGUAUCUGUCAGCCGACUCCGCCCAUUGAAAAGUUUAAUACGCCAUUAACAUAGGAAGAUCAGGGGGGCUAAGGGUGCUGAAGAACUGAGUUCAGUAGCCUUCCUGAUUGCGAGAUCUCUCUGAGCAGCAUAGUCUUAAAGAGACAUUAGACGAUAUGGAGCUUGAGGGAGACCCUGAAGUCGUGAGUAGGAGUGUCAAGGAGGAGCGAGUUGAGUCACCUGGUCUCAGCUGCCUGUCUAUGAAGAGUAACAGGUCAAUGUUUGAACCCAUUCACUUCAGAGGAGAAACCAUGCACCCGGAUCUAAGGGCCAGUUUGCUGACUGUACAUCAAUUCAGAUGCCCUUUGUGUUCAGAUGUGAUGACAAACCCGGUCUCCAUUCCCUGUGGACACAGUUACUGCAGGCAGUGUAUCAGCACACACUGGGCCCAGCCCGGCCAUGCAGGAAACUAUGUGUGCCCCCAGUGCAAUAAGAGAUUCAGAGCCAAGCCUGAGCUCUACGCUAACGCAGCCUUGGCCAAGGUGCUCCACGAGCUCCAGCAGGCAGGCUUCAGUCCUGCCCUCCCUGCUCUGGGCUACGCUGGGCCCGUGGAUGUGGCAUGUGAUAUAUGCUCUGGCCAGAAGCUGAGGGCGGUUAAGUCCUGUUUGACCUGCACUGUCUCCUACUGUGAGCCUCACGUCAGGCAGCACUACACCAUCCCAGCUCUGCAGAGACACACCCUGGCCGAUGUCAUUGGAUACGGUGGACACAAAGACCACCAUGGUAUCACUGGAAAGACAGAGAGAAUCAAAGAGGAGAGAAAUAAUGAGAAUGAGGUGGAGGGGAGCGUCUCUAAAAAGAUGAAGAUGGGGGAAGAAGAUUCUGAGCUGAAGAAAAUCAUCUCUGAGCUGAAGAAGGAGAAUUCAGUAUUAAAACAAGAGGCAAUUGAGAAACAACGGAUGGACAUCAGAACUGCUGACCUGUAUAAGACCAUCAACAAACUCCGCUCAGACCUUCAGCAAAAAGCAGCUGAGACUGAGAGAGGAAACCUGGAGAAUAUUACAGCUGGCUGGGUGGAGGUGCCAGCUCUGGGUCGGCCCAUUCACCCUGGAAUGCUGUAUAACUGUUGCUCUGAGUCCUUCACUCCAGACUUCUUGUGUGACUCAGACAAUAAGAUAAAAAGGAAAAUAUCCCUGCCGUUUCCAUUCACUGAGACCAAGGUAAUAGAGACAGACUCUCUGCAGGAGAGGUUUAGAGCUCUGGGACUGGAUCAGCCAAUCAGAAGCAGUUUCCUGUCUGGACUGGUGGAUGUGGGAGGAGCUGCAGAGUAUCUAAACCAUCCUCUCCUGCACAAAGGGGAUUAUGUGACUCUGCACUACAAGAGAACCACCCGACUGGAUCAGUUGACUUUCUUCCUGUUAGAGAAGGUGAGGCGUCCUGAAGUGAUUGAGCAGCAAACAUCCACACACAUGGUCAUGGCUGUGACAUAUGGAACUCAGGCCUUCAUCGUUUGUAAGACCAGCAGAACAUGGACCAUGAGCAAAGUUAUCAAUAAACUGAAGAAAAUGAUCCAACUUCUCACAGCAGAGGACGGAGCGGCUCAACUAGCUACAUCUUCUGGUCUCACCUGUACCUACUAUGGAGAUCUUGAGACAAAUAGAGGUGAUAGAGAGUUAACUGAUCUCAGUGAGUCCUUCCCUAAGCUGCUGGGUCUCAGUGGAGAGAAUGCUGUUCCUCUGAGAGUUUGGCUCUGCCCUCUGAAGAACCUGUACCCUGCAGCAACCUGUGUGAGGGAGAUCAGUGAAGACCUGCAGUCCAGGGUAGAGAGAGAGAUGGAACACUACAGAUACACAGGCACAAGGUGUGAGGAGAUGGUAAAGCAUGAGUGGGUCAGUAAAGUUCAGGACCUGAAAGAUAAAUUUAUCAAUUUUAUAGAUCUCAUUCAACAGUACCUAGUUCAACUGCAGAAACUCAUGGGUAGAAUUUUGGUGUCUGUGAGGUCAGGAGUGCAGGAGGAGAAAGCUGUUGAAGAGGAGAUGAAAGGUCAUGAUCUGUCCCCGUUCAGAAUGGAAGCAACAGGACAGUGGCUGGAUGACAAACAGGCUGAGCUGAAGUUCCUUGAAUCUCUUGACUCUAAAAUCAGAUCUAAGAUGGUGUCUACAGACCAGCUGCAAAAAGUCAUUAGUAAUUCAAAGACAGACACUGUGGUGUGUUUCACUCUCACCUCUCUGGGUGAAACAGACCUGUAUCUCUCAUCCCUGAAGCAGCAUCUUGACUCCCUGCAGACAUACUCACAGACCAGGCCUGGCCACCGCUACCAGCACACUCAACCCUGGUUCAAGUCUGAGGAGAACAAGGAGAGAGUAACAACGUCAGCUAGAGCUUUUCUUGAUUUCGUUAAGGUCACCAAGAAACUCAAGUUCGUUGCAACCUCCAUUCCAAAUGAUUCCACUCCUGGAGCCUCCAUCCGUCUCUACCAGGGAGGCAGGUUAGUGGACUCUGACUAUGAAGCUGUGUCAAAACCUGAGACCGUUAAGGUAGUAGACACAGAGCAGAGUAGUGUGACCCUCCUCUUAUCCCCGUCAAAGACUGGACACACUGACAGGUUCAGAGUGGAGUACAGACCUGUCAGACCUGACCUGUUCUUUCUCCAUGAGGAGAAGAACUGGAGAAGCAUGACGACCAGAGAAAAUGGGAAAGCCGUUGUGAUAUCAGGCCUGGAGAGAGAUACACAGUACCAGAUCAGACACAGAGCAGAGGACAUGGCAGGAGUGACUAGUGAGUUCAGUGACAUCACUGUGGCAGAGACUGGGUCAGGGUCUGAGCCUGGGCGUCCGGUAGUCCAGUCAGCAGACAGAAACUCGGUCACUCUGACCUGGAGAAGACCAGUGGAGGCUGCAAAGGGACGGCCUGUGCUCCACUACAGACUGGAGUACAGAGAGGAGGGACAGGACGAGUGGGUCAUACUGCUAACAGACAGGGACGAGUGUGUGUACUCCCUAACACCCACACACACCUCUUGCAGAGUCAGAGUGUGUGCCGUCUAUAGAGAGGGAGACAUGAGUGAACCUAGCAAAGAAACAGUCAUCCCACUGGCAGCUGAUGUGACUCUGGACCCUGAUACAGCUCACUGUGAGUUGAUCCUGUCUGAUAAUGGGAGGAGAGUGACAGUAGGAAAAAAUAGGAAGGUUCCUAAUAAUCCACAGAGAUUUGAUGGGUGGGCCUGUAUCCUGGGAAAGGAGGGCUUCCGCUCUGGACGACACUUCUGGCACGUGGAGGUGAAUAUUGGGGUGGAGGCAAGUUGGGCUGUAGGAGUGACCAGGGAGUCUGCUGAAAGGAAAGGAUGGUUCUCUUUCUCUCCAAAUGAAGGUUACUGGUGUCUAAGUAAACCUUCUUGUAGUUCCACCCUGUGUGUCUUCAAGACCAACCUCCCCUGGCCCUCUAACCUCAAAGUGUUGGAUGUGUGUUUGGAUAUUGAGGAGAGGUGGGUCUCCUUCUACAAUGCCGUGUCCAGGAGUCACGUUUACACCAUCACUGACAUGGUCUUCACUAAGGGAGAGAGGAUUUACCCACUGUUUCGAACUUAUGGAAGAGAUAAAGGCCUUGUGAUCCAGGAGCCUAAAUAGACUUCCAGGCAUCAUAAGAACCCUUGAACAGAAAAGUGGGCAGUCAUCCAAAGAGCAGACAACAUUAGAGGUUCAGGGUGCGUCCUAAUUAUCUCCCUUUGUCCCAUAGUGUGCACUUGCUCACCGCCCUUCACUGAUUUGAAAGAAAAUUACUGGUAUAAGAAAUAUGGUGGAAACUAACUCCCACUAGCACAUGACUCCACCAAUCCAAAAUAUUAAUGGGGAGUAAUGAACGAGUGCACACUUCAGGAGGAAGGGAGAGAUUUUUGGGACACAGACUCAGCGUGUGCGACGUUCUGUUGCGCGGUUUAGGGAAUUCCAUAAUCACACACCAGUGCUGUACCUCCCUCUAGUGGCUGGUUUCUGCAGCACAUAUGUCUGCCAAUGUGUGAAUAGAAAUCUCCAGGGGGUCAGCAACGGCGCCAAAACAGCCUGCAGUGGGGGGAUGUUGCUUCAUACAUACAUACAUACAUACAUACAUACAUACAUACAUACAUACAUACAUACAUACAUACAUACAUACAUACAUUGUAUAUAUACAUACAUAUAUUUUUUUUACCUAUAUUUUCCUUUAUUAUUUUCCCCUAACCCUACCUCCCAUCCCCAAAUUGUAGUGAACUUAUAGACAACAGCACUUAGGCUUCUACUUCGAGCUUAUACAUACUAUAUACAUUUUACUGACACAGUAUAUUUAAAAUGUGUUAUAUUUUGUUUGUUUUAAAUCUCAUCUUUUAGCUACAAUCAACGCACUCUAUCUCUGAAGACCAUCCAGUUUGAUACAUUUUUUUGCCAUAUAUUUUUAACUGUGCUGUUUCACAAACAUUUUGAACGUAUGUGUAUAUACAGUACCAGUCAAAAGUUACUAUGAAAUAACACAUAUGGAAUCAUGUAGUAACCAAAAAAGUGUUAUAUUUGAUUUUUAUUACAUUUUUUAGAUUCUUCUAAGUAGUCACUCUUUGCCUUGAUGACAGCGUUGCACAAUCUUGGCAUUCUCUUAACCAGCUUCACCUGGAAUGCUUUUCCAACAGUCUUGAAGGAGUUUCCACGUAUGCUGACCACUUGUUGGCUGGUUGAGAGAAUGCCGAGAGUGUGCAAAGGUGUUAUCAAGGCAAAGGGUAGCUACUUUGUUAUUUCAUAGUGUUGAUGUCUUCACUAUUAUUCUACAAUGUAGAAAAUAGUAAAAAAUUAAGAAAAACCCUUGAAUGAGUAGGUGUGUCCCAAAUAUUUACGGUAUAUUACAAUUUUGUUUUUAAUCCCACCCUUCAGCACAACCCCUCCCAUCUAUCUCUUAAAACAAUCCAUUUUUUAUUUCAAUAUGCCAUAUAUUUUACAACUGCGCUGUGAUGUUUCACAAAAGUUCUGAACCUUUAUUUUCUCAUAGUUUCUAGAGAUUGUAAAUUAAAGAUAACAUUUUUUGCUUAAAGUAUUAUAUUAUUGAUCGAUUGACUAUGACAUUUCAAAUCACCUAGUAGUGCUAACUGCAGAGUUAGCUCCAGGUAAAUGUUGCACUUCUUUAACCAAUCAUGUACCUGCUACCAAAAACAAUCUACAUAUGGACAAAUUAUCUCCAUGAUUCGGUCUCUUCGCAGCAAAAUCUGCAGAGCUGGGAUUGUUGUAUCCCCCAUAUAACAUUCUAUUGGUUACAAGAAUUUUGUAUAAUUAUUUAAAUGGAAAAAUUCUACAUUUUGAAUCCGUGUUUUGUGUAUCAGUUCAUAAACCAUGUGCAAUGGAAUCAGUACAUCGAAAAUCUCUUUCCAAUUAUUUUGCAAUCUAUAUGGCACAGCUGUCAAUGUUUUGGUCCUUAAUUGAAAAUGGUUUACUUUUUUUAUUUAUCACAAUUUUCUUUAACCAAUUUUGGUCUUUAAUGCCGACAGACAAGUUCCUUACUUUUUCCCCCUUCCACUUUCAUUUUCCACUUUUGUGGUAAUACUGCAAUUCAUUGAUUGUAAUUUUGGGUAGAGCAAACAUUUCCAAAUAUUUUUGUUAGCUGCAUGUGUGACAACUCCACCAGUCCUAUUUAUGAUAUGAUUUACAAUGAUUCUACCUUUUUAAAACUUUUUUUGUAUAAUGUCUUUUUUAAUCAAUUACUAUGUUUGAGUUAACCACCCUUUGUUGUAUACUUUCUUCUGUAUUUUCUGGUGGAUUAAACUGAAAUUGCAACCAACUUUCUAUGGCUUUUUAAAAAAACAGUGAUAUUUUGGAGAUUUAUUUCAUUUUCAAAUAACCGAAAGUGAGAGGUUGUAAUCUGAAUAUAGGGAAAAGGGCAAUAAUUGAAUAUGGGGUGAAACAUUCUUACUAAUCUGAUAGAGAACCAGUUCGGAUUUAAGUAUUACUUUUAGUAUGACUGACGCUUUAGUGAGAGGUCUAAUGCUUUAAUAUUUAAUCACUUCUGCCCAUCCGAUUUCCUACUCAUUAUAUAAAAAGGCCUGUUUAAUUUUGUCUGGCUUGCCGUUCCAAAUAAAAUUUGAAUAUUUUUUGCCCAUAUCAUUUUAAAAAACAGGUCACUAGGUGUAGGCAAGACUAUAAACAAAUAGGUAAACUGGGAUAUGACUAAAUAGUUAAUCAGGGUGAUUUUUAAAAAAAAUAGCUAACAUUUCGAUGGCCAUAACAAAUAGAUAUGCCGAUAGUGGACAACCUUGUUUAACUCCUCUUGACAGUUUAAUACUUUCUGAGAGGAAUCCAUUAUUUACUAUUUUAUACCUAGGGUUACUAUACAUAACUUUAACCCAUUUUAUAGUACCAGUCAAAAGUUUGGACACCUACUCAUUCAAGUUUUUAUUUGGACUAUUUUCUAUAUUGUAGAAUGUAGUGAAGACAUUACAUCUAUGAAAUAACACAUAUGGAUUCAUGUAGUAUCCAAAAAAGUGUUAAACAAAUCCAAAUAUAUAUUUAUAUUUGAGAUUCUUCAAAGUUGCCACCCUUUGCCUUAAUGACUGCUUUGCACACAAAGCUGGUUGAGAGAAUGCCAAGAGUCUGCAAAGCUGUCAUCAAAGCAAAGGUUGGCUACUUUUAAGAAUCUCAAAUAUAAAACAUAUUUUGAUUUGUUUAACACUUUUUUGGUUACUACAUGAUUCCAUAUUUGUUAUUUCAUAGUUUUGAUGUCUUCACUAUUACUAGAAAAUAGUAAAAAUGAAGAAAAACCCUGGAAUGAGUAGGUGUGUCCAAACUUUUGACUGUAUAAAUUCCAGUCGUACUUUAUCAAAAGCUUUUUCAAAGUCAGCUAUGAAUACCAGGCCAUGUUUCCCAGAUUUAGUGUUCUAUUGUUUCCAGUACUUGUCUUAUAUUAUAGCCAAUGUAUCGUCCAUGUCUGAUUAGGAGGAAUAAUAUCCAACAAUACUUUUUUAAUUCUAUGCGCUAUGCAUUUUCCUAGAAUUUUUGCAUCACUCCGCUGAAGUAUAAGUGGCCUACAGUUUGGUCAAUGGAUCUGUCACACCCUGAUCCGUUUCACCUGUCCUCGUUAUUGUCUCCACCCCAUCCAGGUGUCGCUUGUUUUCCCCAGUGUAUUUAUCUCUGUGUUUCCUGUCUCUCUUUGCCAGUUUGUCUUGUAUGUUUCCUAGUCAACCAGCGGUUUUCCCGUUCUCCUGCUUUUUGCAUUCUCAUUUUUCUAGUCCUCCCAGUUUUGUCCCUUGCCUGUUUCUGGACUUUACCUGCCUGACCUGACCAUGAGCCUGUCUGCCACUCUGUACCUCUUGAACUCUGAUCUGGUUUGGACCUUUUUGCCUGUCCAUGACCAUUCUCUUGCCUACCCCUUUGGAUUAAUAAACAUUGUAAGACUCCAA